CCCGGUCGACGAUAAUGAAGCAAAGACUGCAAUAGUGGCGAGGUGUUCGGGUGCAUGACACCGAGUGGCACUGGUCUCGAAAGUACCAAUUCAUCUGGCUGAACAGCCCAUUAUUUUUGUCAAAAACCUCUUUUUGACUUUCUUUGUAACUCUUUUUCUAUCUGAAAUCAAUUCCAUGAUGCAACCCUCCAUUCUGACCUUGAUCGUGGUGCUUUUCUGGCUCAGUUUUGCAGGCUGCACACGGGCACAGAGUGCAGAAUUCUGGAACAACCAGGCCCAGGACACGCUGCAAAAAGCCCUGAGCAGGGAGGCCAGCCUGAACCGCAACGUAGCCAAGAACAUCGUGUACUUUGUUGGGGACGGCAUGGGUGUCGCCACCGUGACAGGGGCCCGGAUCUUCAAGGGGCAGCAGGCGGGCAUGACUGGGGAGGAGACCGUCCUGGCGUGGGAGAAAUUCUCCAGUAUCGCCCUCUCGAAGACCUACAAUACCAACCGGCAAGUACCGGACUCGGCUGGCACGGCCACGGCCUACUUUUGCGGCGUCAAGGCCAAGGAGGCAAUUAUUGGACUGGACGAUGCGGCCGUAGCGGGAGACUGCCAGUCCAGUUUGAACGCUGCAGUAGACUCAGUCAUGAUUGAUGCUGAAAGGGAAGGCAAGGCGACAGGGUUUGUGACCACAGCCCGCGUGACUCACGCUACACCAGCCUGUUUGUACGCUCACUCGCCAGACCGUAACUGGGAGAACAAUGCAGACAUCCCGGAGAAGGAGGCUGCGCUUGGAUGCACCGAUAUCGCUCACCAACUGGUCACACUGGGGAAGAAUACUAAGGUUAUUAUGGGGGGAGGUCGACAAGAGAUGAUUCCUAACAACUCCAGUGACUACGAAUAUCCACUCUUAAAUGGCCAACGGACAGACGGAAGGAAUCUAAUAGAUGAAUGGUUGGCCGAUAAAGACGCCCAAACGAGCCACUUCGUGUGGAACCUGGAGCAGUUUAAUAACGUAGAUCCCGAGAGCACCGAGUUUCUUCUUGGUCUGUUUGAGACCAGUCACAUGCAGUACGAAGCCGAAAGGACCGACGAACCAUCCAUUGCCGAGAUGACAGAGAAGGCCAUCCGGAUCCUACAGAAAGACAAAGACGGUUUCUUUUUAAUGGUGGAGGCCGGUCGUAUAGACCACGCCCACCACGGUGGCUUCGCAGGCAAUGCCUUCAAUGACACAGUAGCCUUUGAGGCCGCAGUUGCUAAGGCCAUGGAAAUGACCAAUGAGGAAGACACACUGGUUAUUGUCACAGCUGAUCAUAGUCACGUGAUGACGAUAAGCGGCUACCCCAACCGGGGCAACCCUAUUUUAGGUUUGUACGACUUGGGAGUCGGUGAUGACGAUCUCCCAUUCACCACGAUCGGUUACAGUAAUGGACCAGGGGGCAUUGCCGAGCAAAACAGCUACAACCUUUCGGGUGCAAGACGAAACCUCACCGGUGUGGACACGGAAACUCCGCGGUUCAAUCAACCGGCCAUUGUCCCCCUGGGUUCCGAAACUCACGGCGGGGAGGACGUGGCAAUCUACGCCAACGGGCCCAUGUCGCACCUCUUCCACGGUGUCCACGAGCAGAACUACAUGGCGCACGUGGUGCGCUACGCCGCCUGUCUGGGGGACAAGAAACACUGCGAGGACUACGUGAAUCCCUGUAAUGGUGUGAAGGGUGGAGCCACGUCAAUAUUUAUUACAGUGGCCACUAUAUUUUUGAACAUAUGGACUACCCAUAUUUUAUGUGAAUAGCCAGUGUGGGAAUAUCGACUAAAAUUAUGACAAGUCUUGUAGUCGUUGCGGUGAUGAACUUAAAAAAGGCUAAAUUGGUUCCAUUAAUAUUAUUAACGUGGUCAUCAUAGAAAAGUUAGGAAAGUGGUGAUUUACGUGAUUUUUUAAGGGUUAAUCAAGAACUUGAUAUACCAGAUACAUGUUCAUGAAAUGAAUGAAAUCCUCGAUAACUUUAUAAACCAACAUAAGUAAUGAUGAAGUCACUCAUGUCUAAAUGUGGGGCAUUAUUCAUAUCUUAAAGGUUUAUGUGACUUACAAUGCCUGCAGCAGCGGUUAAAUCAUCAUCAGGCAGUACGACGUGUUUCUUGACGUUGUUACAGUGCUAAAAGAAGCUAACAUCCUGCGAAAAUUGUUCGUGUUAUUGAUUUGAAUUGGUAGGAUUAACCCCCAUUGAAAUAAUUAGCAAUAUUUUUUAUCUGCUUAGUCAAUCAUUAAAUUCAUGAUAUAUCACUAUUAAAUCUGUUUAUUGACCGUCACUAUAGUACUAUAA